CUCAAACUUGCUUUCAACGAUGACGCUACAACGACGUUCGAGUAUCCUUCAGAGCAGUCGAUGUUGGAGGACCACGACGCUUUGGAUUCGAGUGCCAUCUCGGGGAGGAGCGGGGAAGCUGGGUUGGGUCUCGGGAAAUCCUCCGCCUUGCACGGCGGUCUAGCAAGUUACACGCCGAGCAAGAUCCAGAUCGGAACGGCAUUCGAGCUGGGAGUGUCCCGGACCACGCCGACGUCGUCGUCGGGCGCGAACAAGUCAGGGAAAAAGGAGCCAGAACCCCCCGUCGAAGACUUCCUGAAGGAAACUCCGACUGGGGAAGCGUACAGCCAAGCCGGGACCACUUCCGACCUGCUCUUCUGAGCCCGUCUGUGACAUUCCCUUGAAUUCUUUUACCUGGUCUGGUCGUUGGACAGAGGGAACGUCGUUUCCUGUCUUCCGUCUCCGCCCUGUAUGCGAGAGGUGCGAAGAGAGCGAGCGAAAGAGAGAAACUGGGACUGAAUGGACGAGAAAAAAAAAGAUUUUACGCUUUCCAGGGAAUCUGUGAUUUGUGUUUGAUUCGCAAAGAGUUAUCAGCAAGGUUAUCAGGCUUCUCUCGCUUCUCCAUCCCAUAGUGAUCGAGUGUAUGUGAGACCGAAAGUGCCCCCCUUUCCUUUCCCAGCCCAUUUACCCUUUCGGGUCGAAAUUAAUGCACCAGAAAUGUCAUUAUGUCCUCUAGAAGCUGUGAUGUACUUUUCAUGUUAGCCGUUGGAAUCGGAUCUAGUGCGAUCGGAUCGCGGCCUCUACUAUUUGACCACUGAGUGCUGAUCAUAUGCCUACCUUAUCUCUUCCUCGCAAACUAAGUCACUUCAUUUAUUCGACGUGCACCUCGAGAGUCGAAUUCGCCAGGGCCAAUCCGGGCGAUGUCCUUGGCCGAUGAAUUCGCCGAGGGCAUCGAGGUGCCCCAGGGCCAGCACCCAUCGGUUGAAUGGAAAAUAACUUCGAUGCGGAUUUGGAGAGCUUGAAUGUUUCGAGUCGGCAUGCAUGGAUAACCCGAUGAAAAAUGUGGACCUGUGAAUAAUUUUUGAUCGCGUUCCGCCGUCUGACAGAAGAGGGAGAAGGGAAUCGCGACACCGAACCCCAUCUGGCCUUGCCGAGUUCUCUUAAGCACCCGCGUGUGGACUAGUGUUUGUCUUUCAAGUCCGUUUCUCGCUCUCAGGAGUCACCGAGGAGGAACGAAAAAAAAAAGGACCGAGGUGAAGAGAAUAUCAGUAUUUAUGCAUGCCUGGACCUAUUCCUGUCGCAUUUCCACCCGAUUUGAAAGUGCAUUUCGUACCGUUUCCAUGUAUUCUAGUUUGAGAGUUUCCCCCCGCCACCCAAUGAAGAAUUGCAAUAUUUUGUUGCUAUAAUAAAAUGGAUUACAUCGUGGACA